AUGGGCAGCUUUGCUCAGUGCAGCUGGCCGAUAUGGGACAUUGAUGAUUUCACACCGUGCUUCCAGCAAGACUACCUCAAAAUCCUGUUUCCUUUAAUUGUCAUAGGCUUGUCUGUCCUUCACCUCAGCCUGCAGGCGAUCCGAAGUGUCGCGAAGAACCGCAAGCAAGGCUACCAACAAGUCCCGGAAGAGCACCACCACGGCCACACCGACAUUCCUCCCGAGGAGACCGAGGAUGAAGAUGACGAGGCGCUGACUAUGAACGGCGGCGGUCGCCUUGCUCUGGUCAAGACUACCACCAAGGGAUCCAUUGUCCAGGCCGACAGCCCCCCGGCCCAGAACUUGACCAUUGUCGUCGAGGAGCUUGGAAUCGCUGGUCUGAUCGCGAUACACAUUAUUGCAUUGGUCACUGGAACUGUCCCGGGCCAGCAUGGCCUCUUGGUCACCAUCGUCGGUUUGGUCACCUGGGUUUACGUCGCCAUUCUCGCCACUCUCCGACUCUUCCUCGGCAACACGAAAUGGCGCGUUCCUCGCAUCUGGAACCACACCGCCGCCAUUUACCUGUUCCAGUGGUUGUUCACCGUCGGCAUCUUCCGCUCCGUCAUUAUUCACCCGAGCAGCCGUCUUGCGCAAACGCUCGUUAUUGUCGAGUUUGUCUUGACUUCGCUUCUCUUCGGCCUGGCGAUUACGACACGCAAAGGCAACAAGACGGUGCUGUUGGAAUGGGAAGGCGACAUUGAGCCCUCGCGCGAGCCACUCGCCUCUCUCUUUUCCCUGGCCACGUUCUCUUGGGUGGACCCCAUCAUCUCCCGCGGCUACAAGGAAACAUUGGAAAUGAAGAACGUCUGGAACUUGGUCCCCAAGGAGAAGGCUGCCGCUGUUCUUGCCGACUACCGGGCAAUGAAGAGAACCUCGACCUUGGCUUGGCACUUGCUCAAGUACUUCAAGGGCGAGCUUCUGCUGCAAUUCGCUCUGGCUGCUUUCGCAGGCGUCUUCACUUUUGCUCCGACGUUGCUACUCAAGGCCAUUCUCGAAUACGUGGAGAGGCCCGAGGGCGCUCCCAUCAACGUCUUGUGGUUGUACGUGAUUCUCUUGCCAGUCCUCGACAUUGUCAGGUCUUUCGCCGACAACUAUGCCCUCUGGAUUGGUCGCAAGAUUUGCAUUCGCACUCGCGCCAUCAUGGUUGGUGAAAUUUACGCCAAGGCCCUCCGACGCAAGGCCUCGGCCGGCAAAGACAAGGAACUUGGAAAGAAGGCACCUGCUGCUGAAAAGCAGAGCUUGAUUGGAAAGAUCAAGGCGAAGCUCGGUUUCAAGAAGGACAAGGCCGACGCUGAGGCUGCUGCUAACGGCGCUGCCAAAGAUCCGGCCAAGGACGACGAGCAAGCGAACUUGGGCACCAUCAUCAACCUCAUGUCGGUUGACAGCUUCAAGAUUGCCGAAGUCACGGCCUACCUGCACUUCAUUUGCGCGUCCGCCCCGAGCCAGCUUGUCGUAGCCAUCGUUCUGCUCUGGGAUGUCAUGGGGCUCAGCGCCAUUCCGGGAUUGGUUGUGAUGGCUCUGCUCCUGCCUAUCAACUACAGCUUCGCUCGAGGCUUCGCCAACACGUCCAAGAAGAUUCUGGGUGCUACCGAUAAGCGCAUCAACGUGACCAACGAGGUUCUUCAGAACAUUCGCAUCAUCAAGUACUUUGCGUGGGAGGCCAAGUUUGGUCGUAUUGUGGACGAGAAGCGUGCCGCUGAGCUGAAGGCUCUUCGGUCCCGUUACGUCAUCUGGUCCUUCGCCGUUGCUGUGUGGAACUCGGUCCCCGUUCUCAUCACCUUCUUCUCCUUCUUGAUGUACACUCUCAUCGAGCACAAGCCGCUCUACCCCUCGGUUGCCUUCACUGCCAUCUCCCUCUUCAUGCUCCUUCGCGUGCCUCUUGAUCAAAUGGGAGACAUGUUUGCCCACGUUCAGGAGACCAAGGUCUCCCUGGACCGUGUCGAAGAGUUCCUUACCGAGGAGGAGACCGAGAAGUACGAACAGCUAGGCGAGGAUAAUGUCGACGAGGACGGAAACAAGGUCAUUGGCCUCCGCAAGGCCAACUUCAUCUGGGGUGGCAAGGACGUUGUCGCAGAUGACGGAUCGAUGGCUUUCCGCCUCAUGGACAUGGACGUUGAUUUCCUCAUUGGCAAGCUGAACAUCAUUUCUGGACCCACUGGCUCUGGCAAGACGUCCAUGCUCAUGGCCUUGCUUGGCGAGAUGACUUUGGUCGAGGGUAAGGUCUAUUGCCCAGGUGGACGUAGCCGCGAGGAUGUUCGACCUGAUCCUGAGACGGGUCUGGCCGACACAGUUGCCUAUGUCGCGCAGGCUGCAUGGCUUGUAAACGCCAACAUCAAGGACAACAUUUUGUUUGCUGCGCCGUACGACGAGAAGAGAUACAGGGAUGUGAUUGUCGCCUGCGCUCUGGAGCGUGACCUUGAAAUCCUUGACAACGGCGACGAAACUCUGGUUGGCGAGAAGGGUAUCACCAUGUCCGGUGGCCAGAAGCAACGCAUUUCGCUCGCCCGUGCCAUUUACUCUAACUCCCAGCACAUCUUCUUGGACGACUGUCUCAGUGCCGUUGAUUCUCACACAGCACAAUGGAUCUUCAACAACGCCAUCAAGGGUCCUUUGAUGGCCGGCCGAACCUGUAUCCUGGUCACUCACAACCUCCAGCUUUGUGCCCCGUCAUCGCACUAUGUUGUCUGUCUCGAGAAUGGCAGAAUUGCCGCCCAGGGCCCCUCUGCUGAGCUGAUUGCCGCUGGCAAAUUGGGUGAAGAUGUUCAGAAAGCUGCCAUCAACUCUGCCUCGGUGUCCCGAAUUCCGUCCCGUGUUCCCUCCAGCGUUGGUGAGGACGGGUCAGAAACUGUGGUCAACCCAGGCGAUGAAAGCGCCAGUGACGCCCGAUCAAAGAAGAAUGACAAGAAGAAGGAGCAAAAGGACGCCAUGGAGGAGAAGAAGGCCGUCGGCUCCGUCAAGUGGCCUGUCAUCCAACUCUACCUCUCCUCUAUGGGCGCUUGGUGGUUCUGGGCUGUUGCUCUUACAGUCUUUGGACUUCAACAGAUGUCCGGUGUCGCGACCAACUUCUGGGUACGAGAGUGGGCUAACCAAUACGUUGACGAGGAGGUUGCGCACAUUGAUUUCUCGACCGCAUCCCACAGCUACAGCCAGCAGUCCUUGAGCCCGACCUACUUCGCCUCCAUCGCCAACUACGGCAACCGUAUCAGCUCCAACUUUAGUGCUUCCGCCGUUGCGGACGUCAACGUCACCUACUAUCUUACCGUUCUCGCCAUCAUUGGCCUCGCCGGCUCUGUUGCUGCCUUCAUCAGGGACAUUUGGGUCUUCUACGGUUCCCUAACGGCGUCCAAGAAGAUUCACAACGAUUUGAUUACUCGCGUUUCUCGGGCAAAGUUCAAAUUCUUCGACGUCACUCCUCUCGGCCAGCUGAUGAACCGUUUCAGCAAGGACCUCGAGGCUGUGGACCAGGAAGUUGCACCGAUUGCUAUUGGCGUUUUCGGUUGUGCUCUUGGAAUCCUCGUCACUGUCGUUUUGAUCACCAUUAUCACCCCCGGGUUCCUUAUCGCCGGUGUUUUCAUUACUGCUGCCUAUUACUUUGUCGGUGCUUUCUACCUCCGGGCCUCCAGAGAUCUCAAGCGUCUCGAGUCCGUUCAGAGGAGCCCUCUGUUCCAGCAGUUUGGAGAGACUCUGUCUGGCAUGACGACGAUCCGAGCUUACGGUGACGAGCGCCGCUUCAUCCGCGAGAACCUGUCCAAGAUCAACGUCCAAGCUCGUCCCUUUAUCUAUCUUUGGGCUGCGAACCGUUGGCUUGCGUUCAGAACUGAUGUGCUUGGUGAUACGGUUUCAUUCUUCGCUGGUGUCUUCAUCAUCUUCAGCUUGGGCACGGGCAGCGUCGAUGCUGGCUCUGCCGGCAUUUCCCUCAGUUACGCCAUUGGCUUCACCGAGAACGUCUUGUGGCUCAUCCGUCUCUAUGCUAUCAACGAGCAAAACAUGAACUCGGUGGAGCGUAUCAAGGAGUACUUGGAUGUCGAGCAGGAGGCCGAGCCGAUUGACGAGAAGAACCGACCCCCCAAGAACUGGCCUAGCCAAGGAUCUGUAGAAUUCAUCAACUACUCCACUCGUUACCGCGCAGACUUGGACCCCGUUCUGCGUGGUCUCAGUUUCAAGAUCAACCCCAAGGAGAAGGUUGGCAUCGUUGGCAGGACUGGUGCUGGCAAAAGUUCGCUUGCCCUGGCUAUUUUCCGUGCCCUCGAGGCCGACGAAGGCAAGAUCCUCAUCGACGAUAUCGAUGUCGGCCUCAUUGGACUCCGCGAUUUGCGUGAGGCCAUUACUAUUGUUCCCCAGGACCCCACCCUUUUCAUGGGCACCAUUCGCUCCAACUUGGACCCCUUCGAUGCGUACACGGACGAACAAAUCUUUGAGGCGCUUCGCAAGGUGCAGCUUAUCGGCCCCAACGAGUCAACUUCCAGACCGGCAACCAGACCGACUACGCCGUCUGCCGGGUCAAUGUUGCCCGCCACGCCCAACCUGGGUCUGAUUCGUGGAGAUUCUAACUCUAGCCCUGGCUCCUCCAUUGCGCCUACAAACAAGAACAUCUUCCUCAACCUUUCGUCGACUGUCUCGGAGUCCGGUUCCAACCUGUCUCAGGGUCAGCGCCAGCUGCUCUGCCUCGCCCGUGCCCUUUUGAAGCGGCCCAAUGUUCUAGUCAUGGACGAGGCGACAGCUUCCAUCGAUUACGCCACCGAUACCAAAAUCCAGGAGACCAUCCGCGAGUUGACAAGCACCAUCAUCACCAUUGCCCAUCGCCUGCAGACUAUUGUAGAUUACGAUAAGGUUCUCGUUCUCGACAAGGGUGCCGUCGUCGAGUACGGUCACCCGUACGAGCUGAUUCGCAAGGAGAACGGCAGCUUCCGUGGCAUGUGCGACAUGAGCGGAGAACUGCCAUCGCUGCUCAAGGCCGCCAAGAAGAAGUGGGAUUCUGGAAGACUGGUUGACGUUGAUGACGAGGAGCAAAAUACUCAGUCAACGCUUGUUGAGGGCGAGGCUCAAAAGGUCACCGAGGAGGCGAAGAAGAACGACGAAGAACAAGAUAAGAAGAAGGCCGAGGCUGAAGUCGAAGCUAGAAAGAGAGCAGAGGAGGAUGCAAAGAAGGCCAGGGAGGCCGAAGAAGAGGCUAAGAAGGCCGAGGAAGAGUCAAAAAAGCAGAAGGCAGAGGAAGAUGCCAAGCAGAAGGCCGCUCAUGAAGAGACGAAAAAGCAGGCCGAGGAGGAAACGAAGAAGCAGGCAGAAGAUAAGGCCAAGGCCGACGAGGAGGCCAAGAAGGCUGGCGGAGGAUAA